AUGAAUGGGCUCUCCGAUUAUCUGGACGUUUUGCCUGACCAACUACAAGUGUCAUCCGAUUAUGACGUUACAAAUGCCAUGGGCGUGUUGACAGUAGUCAUAAGCAAGCAAAUAGGCACGUAUGUCAUCAACAAGCAGUCUCCUAACCGUCCAGUUGAUGGCUGUCGAGCCCUAUCGCGGCCCCAACAGCGUUAUGACCUUUUGAUCGUCGGCUGCUAG